AUGACGGAGACAGAAAAGUGCUACGAUCCCGCGAGGGACGGCGGCAUUAAAUUUGUUACUCGAAGAGAUGAUAUUACCCUUGACGAUGAUCCCAACACCAUGAGAGCCGAGAUGUCAUGUGGCCAUGCUGUCACAUCAGAAUCCCUUACUGCCUGGUGUCGCAGUGUUCUGGACAAGGGUCAGUACAAGUUCCUGUGUCCAGCUCUAAAGGAUGGAACAACUCAGAGGUGUGGAGCUGAGUGGCCGUACAUGGAAGUGCGGAAGAUAGCAUUACUGACUGAUGAGGAGCAGAAUCACUUUGAGGAGACCAUGGCUAGGCUGGCAGCAGCCAAGUACUGUGAAUACAACUCAUGCCCUGGUUGCAAGUCAUUUGUUGAGAGGCAGGAUUUGACCAACCUUUGUGUACGCUGUACCAUCUGCACAGCAGUAACUGGUAAGCGCUAUGAGUUCUGCUGGCAGUGCAUGAACACUUGGAAAGGACUAGGACCUCGCUCAGACAAGUGCGACAACAGUGGAUGCAUCAAUCUCAAAAUUGAAAAGUUGUCGCAAUGUAAAGAUAUUAUACUUCCAGCAGUUCAAAAACUCAAGGUUCCCUCUCUGAGAGCUUGUCCUACAUGUGGCAACUUGGUGGAGCAUGACACGACUGGGUGCAAGAACAUUAUAUGUAAUCGCUGUCAGGUUGAAUUCUGUUUUUCUUGCUUAAAACUCACUCCUGAUUGCAAAAAAACAAGCUCAUACUUUGGGGCUUGUGCAGCUGGAGUGGCUCCUCGGCAAACAUCCAUUCCGACCUGGAAAAAGUAGCCAACUAAAUGUUGGCAAUAAAGUUUUUUGUAGUUUUAAAUGUUUGUUAUUAUCUAUAAGCAUCAUUUUACUGUCUUAAU